AGGAGUCGCGGGACGCUUUACCGGUGCCGCUGCCUCCAUGGCUGCCAUGAUGGAUCGGAAGUGAGCCUUAGGGCGACGGCUGCCGGCGCCGGCGCUUCGAGUGUCCGCUUCCCGGCUGCCCUCGCCCUGGGAGGAACUGCUCGGAGCACUGCUGAAUCCCACUGCUCUCACGACCCCUGCUUGCUGACGCUUCCAGCCCAGACUCUUAGAUUGUGCACGGUUCCUUCAAGACUGAGCGGCGGGGAGUGGCUCCCGGCCUCUGGCCCCAGCAGCGAGGAAGAUGGCGGACCCGGCCGAAUGCAACAUCAAAGUGAUGUGUCGCUUCAGACCUCUCAAUGAGUCUGAGGUGAACCGCGGCGAUAAGUACAUAGCCAAGUUUCAGGGAGAGGAAACAGUCAUGAUCGCGUCCAAGCCUUACGCAUUUGAUCGAGUAUUCCAGUCAAGUACAUCUCAAGAGCAAGUGUAUAAUGACUGUGCAAAGAAGAUUGUUAAAGAUGUGCUUGAGGGAUACAAUGGAACAAUAUUUGCAUAUGGACAGACGUCUUCUGGGAAGACACACACAAUGGAGGGUAAACUUCAUGACCCAGAAGGCAUGGGAAUUAUUCCAAGAAUAGUGCAAGAUAUUUUUAAUUAUAUUUACUCCAUGGACGAAAAUUUGGAAUUUCAUAUUAAGGUUUCAUAUUUUGAAAUAUAUUUGGAUAAGAUAAGGGACCUAUUAGAUGUUUCAAAGACCAACCUUUCCGUUCAUGAAGACAAGAACCGAGUUCCCUAUGUAAAGGGGUGCACAGAGCGUUUUGUAUGUAGUCCAGAUGAAGUUAUGGAUACCAUAGAUGAAGGAAAAUCCAACAGACACGUAGCAGUUACAAAUAUGAAUGAACAUAGCUCUAGGAGUCACAGUAUAUUUCUUAUUAAUGUAAAACAAGAAAAUACGCAAACGGAACAAAAACUCAGUGGAAAACUUUAUCUCGUUGAUUUAGCUGGUAGUGAAAAGGUUAGUAAAACUGGAGCUGAAGGUGCUGUGCUGGAUGAGGCUAAGAACAUCAACAAGUCACUUUCUGCUCUUGGAAAUGUCAUUUCUGCUUUGGCUGAGGGUAAUACAUAUGUUCCAUAUCGAGAUAGUAAAAUGACAAGAAUCCUUCAAGAUUCUUUAGGUGGCAACUGUAGAACCACUAUUGUAAUUUGCUGCUCUCCAUCAUCAUAUAAUGAGUCUGAAACAAAAUCUACUCUUCUGUUUGGUCAAAGGGCCAAAACAAUUAAGAACACAGUUUGUGUCAAUGUAGAGUUAACUGCAGAACAGUGGAAAAAGAAGUAUGAAAGAGAAAAAGAAAAAAAUAAGACCUUGCGGAACACUAUUCAGUGGCUUGAAAAUGAGCUUAACCGAUGGCGUAAUGGGGAGACAGUGCCUGUUGAUGAACAAUUUGACAAAGAGAAAGCCAACUUGGAAGCUUUCACAGUGGAUAAGGAUAUCACUAUUACCAAUGAUAAACCAGCAGCCACAAUUGCAGUUACUGGGAACUUUACUGAUGCUGAAAGAAGAAAGUGUGAAGAAGAAAUUGCUAAAUUGUACAAACAACUUGAUGACAAAGACGAAGAAAUUAAUCAACAGAGCCAGUUGGUAGAGAAACUGAAGACACAAAUGUUGGAUCAGGAGGAGCUUCUAGCAUCCACCAGAAGAGAUCAAGAUAAUUUGCAAGCUGAGCUGAACCGCCUUCAAGCAGAAAAUGAUGCCUCUAAAGAAGAAGUAAAAGAAGUUUUACAGGCCUUAGAGGAACUUGCUGUAAAUUAUGACCAGAAAUCUCAGGAAGUUGAAGAUAAAACUAAAGAAUUUGAAUUGCUUAGUGAUGAACUAAAUCAGAAAUCGGCAACUUUAGCAAGUAUAGAUGCUGAGCUUCAGAAACUCAAGGAAAUGACCAACCACCAGAAAAAACGAGCAGCUGAGAUGAUGGCAUCUUUACUAAAAGACCUUGCGGAGAUAGGAAUUGCUGUAGGCAAUAAUGAUGUAAAGCAACCUGAAGGAACUGGAAUGAUAGAUGAAGAGUUUACUGUUGCAAGACUCUACAUUAGCAAAAUGAAAUCAGAAGUAAAAACAAUGGUAAAACGCUGCAAACAGUUAGAAAGCACACAAACUGAGAGCAACAAAAAAAUGGAAGAAAAUGAAAAGGAAUUAGCAGCAUGCCAGCUUCGUAUCUCUCAACAUGAAGCCAAAAUCAAAUCCUUGACUGAAUACCUUCAAAAUGUGGAGCAAAAGAAAAGACAGCUGGAGGAAUCUGUUGAUUCCCUGAGUGAAGAACUAGUCCAGCUUCGAGCACAAGAGAAAGUCCAUGAAAUGGAGAAGGAGCACUUAAAUAAGGUUCAGACUGCAAAUGAAGUGAAGCAAGCUGUUGAACAGCAGAUCCAAAGCCACAGAGAAACUCAUCAAAAACAAAUUAGUAGUCUGAGAGAUGAGGUUGAGGCAAAAGAAAAACUUAUUACUGAUCUUCAAGACCAAAACCAGAAAAUGAUACUAGAACAGGAACGUCUGAGAGUGGAGCAUGAGAAAUUGAAAGCUACAGAUCAGGAAAAGAGCAGAAAACUACAUGAACUUACAGUUAUGCAAGAUAGACGAGAACAAGCAAGACAAGACUUGAAGGGUUUGGAAGAGACAGUGGCAAAAGAACUUCAGACUUUGCAUAACCUGCGGAAGCUUUUUGUUCAGGACCUGGCCACCAGAGUUAAAAAGAGUGCUGAGAUUGAUUCUGAUGACACUGGCGGCAGUGCUGCACAAAAGCAAAAGAUCUCCUUCCUUGAAAAUAAUCUUGAGCAACUCACUAAAGUGCAUAAGCAGUUGGUACGUGAUAAUGCAGAUCUUCGCUGUGAACUUCCAAAGUUGGAAAAGCGACUUAGAGCUACAGCUGAGAGAGUGAAAGCUUUAGAGUCAGCACUGAAAGAAGCCAAAGAAAAUGCAUCUCGUGAUCGCAAACGCUAUCAGCAAGAAGUAGAUCGUAUAAAGGAAGCAGUCAGGUCAAAGAAUAUGGCCAGAAGAGGACAUUCUGCACAAAUUGCUAAACCUAUUCGACCUGGGCAGCAUCCAGCAGCUUCUCCAACUCAUCCAAGUGCAAUUCGUGGAGGAGGUGCGUAUAUACAGAACAGCCAGCCAGUGGCAGUACGUGGUGGAGGAGGCAAGCAAGUGUAAGCUUUUACACACGUCCACAGGUGUUGAAAAGUAAGUGAAGUAAGAAGAGGACAUAUCAAGCAGAGUCAUUUAAUGACUUUAUAACCUCUACCCUCUGGGGACUGUAGUUACAACUUUUUUUUUUAAUGUAUAAAUUAUACCUGGCUUGUACAGCUGUUUCCUACCCACUCUUGUAAACUCUGCUGCUUCCCAACACAACUAGAGUGCAAUUUUGGCGUCUUAGGAGGGAAAAAUAAUGACAGUUUACGACUGUGGCCCUAUUUAUUACACAGUUUGUCUUUCAUGUCUUAAAUUUAGUCUUCACUGUGCCAAGCUGACUGUACCUUAUAGGAUUGGGUUUUGUUUUGUUUUGUGUGUGUGUGUUUAUUUUUAAAUCUCAGUUUAAAUCUCCUAGCUGCUACCACUCAUUGUUUUUCUUUUCUUAUUAAAAUAUCUUCCUUAUUUUAGGGAAAAUAGAACAUUUAGAUUAAAUGUCUUAAAUUUUACCACUUACAACACUACAUGCCCACAAAAUAUUAUCAGAUCAGUACUGUAUUUUAAAAUUCCUGGAAGUUACUUCAGGGUUAAAAUAAUUUGUAUCAUCUCUAAAGUUUGUUUCUGAAAACUACUGUUUGAGCACUGAAAAUUUAAAACUGCCUAACUAGGCAUUUGAGACUGAACAAGGCUACUUAAUUGUUAUCUCAUGAAAUGCCUGUUGCUGAGUUGAUUUUAAAUAGAAAUGUCUUAAAAUAUCAAAAGCAAAUCUAAGUUUAAGAAAGAGAGUUUGAAGAAUUGUAUUUCUCUUCAUCCUGAUUCCAUACUUACAUAGCUUGAUAGAAUGAAAAUACUCUGCUUCAUUCUGGUGAGCCUUCUAGCUACUGUAAAAACUGAACAGAUAUUCCUUUGUCAUCUUUAAUAUAUAAAGUGAACUAACCUAUUACAGAAUUACAUAAUUUUACGUUAGCACUAUUUUAGUUGAUCUAAAUUUUUAGCCUAUGGAAAUUGUGAAAAAAUGUAAAGAAACACAACAAAUACAUAGUGAAUUUAAAAGUACAUAGGUCUAUUUUGUUCUGAACUCACUGGUGUGCUUUUUAACUGCUACACUAAGCAUACACUAUAAUUUAUUUCUUAUUUAGGCUAGAUAAUGGUGAACUGUUUGCAGGUCACUAAUCCUUAUUAAAUAUUUUAUUGGCUAAAACCCAAAAUUUUAUAAUUAGUACUAAGUGUGUACUUUUGCCACUUCUUCCUAAGUGAUUAAGUCAGCGGUUUAUUUUAGGAAGUUAUAAAAGUAAUAGAGAAGAGAGAUUUCAAUAUUUGCUUCAUCAUCAAUGGGUUGAGGAGAACUAUUUUAGCAGGAGAAAGUGGGAUUUAAGAUUAUUCAGUCAGUAAAGAAACUUGGAAAGGUCUGUGUUAGGAUCUAGCUGACAGGAUUAACAUUUUGAAAAAGUUUUAUACACAGAUAUUUGUAGUAUUAAAUUUGGGGCCAUAAUCGGAAGAUUCAGAUUAUAAUUGGCUUAUUUUUCUAUUUACUUAACUGUUGUAAUUUCCACUUUUAUAAUAAUUUUGAUUUAAAAGAUAAACUUAUUUUUUUAACAGUCAAAAAUCUUUGCUGUUAUCUUCUGAAACCUUUGAAAUGAUUGUGUGGCUUUUAGGACUGAUCAAAAGAAACACUCCAAAAAUUGAGAUGAAACCUUGGUGCAGCAAGAUAGAAGUAAUGCAAUUAACUAAAAAAAAAUUGCUACAGCCUACUUAGGAUCAUUUUCUAAACGGAGAAAUAUUUGGCUGCAUUCACAUAGACAUUUGUAUUUUGCUUUCAAAGAAAACUUGCUUCUUUGAUAUUCAUAAAUGAAGCAGAAUUUAUUUUCUCUUUUGUGUACAUAAUGGUAGUUUCUUCAUUCUUCUACAUAAUUUUUCAUGAGUAUUGGUGCUGUGUAAAAACAAUAAAUUGUAACUAGCAUGUGGUUCAGAAUACACAUUAGGUUUUUUUUUUUUUUAAUGGUUAUUUUCUAUUUAUAAUUUCUAACCCUUUACAAAGUAUAGCAAGAAUUUCAUAAAUUUGUUUUCAUCAUGGCACUGUGCUUUCUAUUUGUGAUGGUAGGUCAUUUACUCUUAGAAAUGGAAAUUCUCGUCAUAUAGAAGAACAUCAAUAACUUCAACUUGCAGUAUCUUUUUUUUUUCUUUUUUGUUUUUUUACUGGAUAUAUUUACGUUCCUCUGAAAUGGUAUUGAUAAUGAUUCAGAAGAGAAACAAUGAAAUAAAAGAGUAAUAUUUAUUCAUGGUGAUCAAUUAAAUUAUUUGCCUAACUUAAUAAUACUAACUACUGUGCAUAACUCUCAAUUUGACAUGAGAUGACAGAGAAGAGUCUCAGUCUGCCUGUGGAAUAUUCUGGUUUAUUUUCAGUGCUUGAAGAUACAUUAAAAAUAAUUGGUUUGGGGAAGACGCCAUAUAAUUUUAACUUGCAUGCUGUAAAUGUGUUUUAUGUUUAAAUAAAGAAGCAAAUUUUUUUGAAAUGU